AUGUCUUCGUAUACACCCAAGAACAUUCUCAUCACCGGAGCAGCUGGUUUCAUCGCAUCACAUGUCGCCAACAGACUCAUACGAACCUAUCCUCAUUACAAAAUCGUUGUCUUGGACAAACUCGAUUACUGUUCAAACCUCAAGAACCUCAAUCCAUCUCGACACUCUCCCAAUUUCAAGUUUGUCAAAGGUGACAUCGCCAGUGCUGACUUGGUCAAUCAUCUCCUCAUCACUGAAGGUAUCGACACCAUCAUGCACUUCGCUGCUCAGACUCAUGUCGACAACUCCUUCGGUAACAGUUUCGAGUUCACUAAGAAUAACAUCUAUGGAACUCAUGUCCUGCUUGAGGCUUGUAAAGUCACUGGUCAGAUUACGAGGUUUAUUCAUGUCAGUACUGAUGAAGUUUAUGGUGAGACUGAUGAGGAUGCUCUUGUUGGUAACCAUGAGGCUUCUCAGCUGCUACCAACGAAUCCUUACUCUGCUACCAAAGCUGGUGCUGAGAUGCUUGUUAUGGCUUAUGGUAGAUCUUAUGGGUUGCCUGUUAUUACCACACGUGGGAACAACGUUUAUGGGCCGAAUCAGUUUCCUGAGAAGUUGAUUCCCAAGUUCAUGUUGUUGGCUAUGAGAGGGCAAGUUCUUCCUAUUCAUGGAGAUGGAUCCAAUGUUAGGAGCUACCUUUACUGUGAAGACGUUGCUGAGGCUUUUGAAGUUGUUCUUCACAAGGGAGAAGUUGGCCAUGUUUACAAUAUUGGGACCAAGAAGGAGAGGAGAGUGAAUGAUGUUGCCACUGAUAUCUGUAAGCUCUUCAACAUGGACCCUGAGGCUAACAUCAAGUUUGUCGACAACAGACCUUUUAACGACCAGAGGUACUUCCUUGACGAUGAGAAGCUCAAAAAGUUGGGAUGGUCUGAGAGGACCACCUGGGAGGAAGGAUUAAAGAAAACUAUGGAUUGGUACACACAGAACCCGGAAUGGUGGGGAGAUGUGUCUGGAGCGUUGCUUCCUCAUCCAAGGAUGCUGAUGAUGCCUGGUGGGAGACACUUUGAUGGCUCCGAGGACAAUUCUUUGGCAGCUACUUUAUCUGAAAAGCCAAGUCAAACCCAUAUGGUGGUUCCAAGCCCAAGGAGCAGCAGCGGCACACCGCAAAAGCCUUCCCUCAAGUUCUUGAUAUAUGGAAGGACCGGGUGGAUUGGUGGUCUGCUUGGAAAGAUAUGUGAGAAGCAAGGAAUUGCUUACGAGUAUGGGAAAGGACGGUUGGAGGAUCGAUCAUCUCUUUUGCAGGAUAUUCUGACCGUUAAGCCAACCCAUGUUUUCAAUUCCGCUGGUGUGACUGGGAGACCCAAUGUUGACUGGUGUGAGUCUCACAAGACCGAGACUAUCCGUGCCAAUGUCGCUGGCACAUUGACUCUAGCUGAUGUCUGCAGAGAGCACGGACUCCUCAUGAUGAACUUCGCUACUGGUUGUAUAUUCGAAUAUGAUGACAAGCAUCCGGAAGGUUCAGGAAUUGGCUUCAAAGAGGAAGACACACCCAACUUCACUGGUUCUUUCUACUCAAAAACCAAAGCCAUGGUUGAGGAACUGCUAAAGGAGUUUGACAACGUUUGCACUUUGAGAGUAAGGAUGCCGAUAUCCUCAGAUCUUAACAACCCGCGGAACUUCAUCACCAAGAUCUCCAGGUGUGGUGAGUCACAACGAGAUCCUAGAGAUGUACAGAGACUACAUCAACCCUGA